AUGUUAUCCUAUGCUGAAUUUUGUACUAUCGGAUCUGCCAUGAUCUUAACCUCCACAGGUUUUUUAAUGGGUGUCUUUUUUGCAUGCCAACCAUAUGAUUACCAUCUACUGUUUAAUCCACAGGCCACACAAGAGCAAUUUGAUCUAGCUUUGAAGCACUAUCAAGUGCUAAGCACAACACCAAUGCCAGUUCUAUAUUUGCUUGGGUUUGUUGUUGCAUUGGGUAUAAUUGGUAAUACCAUAAGAAUUUAUAAGCCAAACCCAGACUUGCAAUUGUUUGAAUAUGCGUCGUUGGGUCUUUUCGUUUUAGCCGUCUGUGUCUUCAUCACUAAUGUAAAAACAGGUAUUGAAUGCUCCAUUACAGGUAACUGGGGUGAAGUCACACAAAAUCAAGGUUUGGCCGUUAUUGCAUCUUCUAACAUCAUAUUGUUAGUUAUGUUCCUCGGUGUCAUUUUGUUGCAAAUUGGUUUGUGGUACACCAACUAUGACUACCAAAAACAAUUGCAAGCCUUCUACGCUGAGGAAAGAAAAGAACAAGAAGCCAUCAAUCAAAGAAAAGAGGAAGAAUUUAAGAAGUUAUCUAAGAAGCAACAAAAAAAGCUAGCAAAGGAAGAAGCUACCAGAAAAACGGAUUAA